AGAUGGGGCAGCAUGUUGAAACCUGAACUGAAUUAUACUUGGAAGCCUCUUCCUGCUCCUAUAACCCCGCUCAGUGUCUGCUGUUAUUAUAAUUGUAAUUAUUAAUACUGCUUCUAGUAUUACUGCUACUAUUGUAACUACUACUUUACUCGUCAUUACCAUUAUUACUUAUUGUAUUAUUGAUAUCAUUUUUCAUAUUUACAUGGAAUCUGCAUUAUGCUAUGUACAGUCUAGACCUGGACUAUAUGAAGAGUGCCUUGAGAUAACUUCUGUUGUGACUUGGCGCUAUAUAAAUAAAACUGAAUUGAAUUGAAUUGAAAUAUUAAAUUUACAUUCAGUCUUUCAGUGCUCAUGUGAGAACUUGGGUUUUUAACACUAGUGGUACUAGGAGCCUCUCUAUAGAUGUCUGCAUGUGGCUAAUGAAGGAAUGAGGAGCUUGCUAACCUGUGAGUCAGCCAUAGCAAUGUCUUCCUGCAGUUUACAUUUUCGUAGGCUAGCAGCUUCUCAUUUUUAGCCGGCACUAGCCCUGGCUUUCACCAAUUAAAAUGACGAAAAGGUAAUAUAAUCUGCCACUAAUCAAUAUUAAUUCCAUAAGCAACUUUGGAGUGUCAAUUUAAGUGUGAAAUUGGACCACUGGUAGGUCAAAGUGGCAGAUUGGCGCACUCUCUUUAGGGAACUAACUAUAUAGGGAUCCCUUAUUAUGAGUUUUUUUCUCUUUUAAUUUUGCCUUUUUAAUUUUAGGGAAACAGAUAGAUAGAUUGAUAGUGGGCCCAGGGGAGACUAUAUUACACAUAUUACUUUUUUCACACUUCAAAUUUCUAUCUCAGUGGGUCUUCCAAUGUCCCUCAAAGAGACUUCAGAGAUUUUAAUGGUGUAAUUUUUUUAUAAUCCUAUUUUAAAAGUAACCAGUUCUGGUUGAUAAUUUCUGGUGGGUAUUGUGAUUUUGUCCUGUUUGUCUACACUGUGCCCUUAACAGGUUAUUCAGUGUCCUGAAGUCAGUAUCAAUUGCACCAGCAUAUUGAUGACAUAAACUAUGAGACGGUUACACACUGGAAUAAAUCAAUAUUUAAUUCAUGAGAAUGUGACACAGUCACCUGCACUUCUACAGGGAUAGAAUAUAAAUGACUGCUCUGUCACAGACAGCUCACUUUGGUGCACUGCAUGCUUGAUGUUGUCUGAGGUGAGUUUGGUUUUGAGAGUUCCUAUUAAGUAACUGUGUCAUCCCUUAUUAUAUAUUCUGUUAUUUUCUCUUAUAGGGAAACAGAUAUUUAUAAUGGGACCAGAAAAGAAAGCUGCCGCCGUAUUUAAUGUCACAUUUGUUCGUCCAGCAAAAUUCUAUCUCAGCGGGUUUUCCAACAUCCCUCAUGUUAAGUAUUACUAUGUCUUUCUGUGUUUUGUCUAUAUUGUGACUGUUGUUGGGAAUGGCCUCCUUCUCUCAGUUAUCUACCUGGUCAAGACUCUUCAUACGCCCAAAUACAUGAUUGUGUUCAACCUGGCUGUGAUAGAUUUGUGUGGGAGCACCGCUCUCAUCCCAAAACUCUUGGACACAUUUUUGUUUGACAGGAGAUACAUUGUCUAUGAGGUUUGCUUAAGUUAUAUGUUCUUUGUUUUGUUCUUUGCAAGUAUGCAGUCAUGGACACUUGUCACUAUGGCAUAUGACAGAUUCAUAGCAAUUUGCUUUCCUUUACGGUACCAUAGUAUUGUGACUAAACCAGCUAUUGCUGCAAUGCUGUUGUUUUCGUGGGUUUUUUUAUCGAGUCUAGUAGGAUUUAGUGUUGGACUCAUUACUCGCCUCUCCUUCUGUGGAUCUGUGGUGAUAAAAAGCUUUUACUGUGAUCAUUCACCUGUAUAUCUUCUUGCCUGUAAUGACACAUCUUUAAAUAACAUAAUGGCAUGGAUUGCUUUCAUUACACUACUCUGUAUUCCUCUUAUAUUGAUAGCUUUGACGUACGUUUGCAUUUCCAUAGCACUGAGCAGGAUUGCUUCAGCAGAGGAACGACUCAGAGCAAUGAAAACUUGUACUUCUCACCUGAUCCUCGUGGCUAUUUUCUUUCUACCACUUGUGGGCACCAACAUUGCUGCAGUGGUCUCCUACAUCCAUCCUAAUGCCAGAAUCAUAAACUCCUCUUUGACACACACCAUACCAGCUUUGCUCAAUCCUAUUAUAUAUUCUUUAAAGACAGAGGAAGUGUUGAACUCUAUCAAGAAACUUUGCAAAAGAAAGAAGCUCACCAACACAACCUUGUCCAAAAAGGUGAACUCUUUAUCACAGCUGCAUUGAAACAUUAAGGAGUGUUAUUUCAUGUGUUUUUCUAAAUCUGAAUACCAAGGCAAAUGAGAUGAUUAUAAUCAAAACUGUGAGCUCCUGGUGAUAUGAAAUUGGGUAUUAUCAUAUAUUGCUUAUGUACACUGCAUAAGAUUGCAAGAGUUUAGGAAGA